AUACACGGUAAUGUCAAGUAAUGACUUUCUUUUUACCGUCUCUCUGUUUCCAUGGUAAUUUAUGGCUAAAUUGUGUGUAAUUAGAGUAAUGAGGUGGACGACCAACAGAUUAUGCCGUUAUUUAUAGUUGUGUGGUAAUACUCGUACAUCAUCACAAGUCACCUCUAUAAAGCAUGACUAUGCUGAAAAUCAUACUGUAGUGUCAUGUCCAAAGGCAAUGUUACGCAAUAUUCCAUUUACAGGACAGGUGAGAAUAUUUGCACUGGAGUGGGUUUGGGUUUAUGUACCUCUAAACAGCUUGUGUGGUUGUGGAAACCUUUGUCAUACAACCAUAAAUCAAUAACGCUGGCACAAAGUCCACAACCACACAUGGUUUGAAAUGAGCAAUGAUACUGUGCCAUACUCAAGAACAUCACCCCGCAUCUCUGAAAUGUUUCUUCACACAUUCAAUUAAAGGAAAGAAGUAGAAGAUAAUAUAGGUGAGUUUUGAACUUGUGUUCCAUACUUUAUUUCUUCCAUUAAACAAUAAACAAGGGGAAAUGUUUAUGCUGGUUGAGAGCCAAAACAAAAGGAUGUGAAUUAUCCAUAGAAAUCACUGCCUGUCUGUUUUUUACCGUUUUGGCUCGAUUGGUUUUCUGGGCAGAUUUAGUAGUUCGUUUUUUGUAACAUGGGAUGCUCAGUACUGCUCAUUUAAAAUUUCAGUCCUAACAGUCUGGCACCUUAACAUGCUAAAUCGAUAAUAACUGGUGGUUAGUUUGUAAAAAUCUCAGUUCUGGGAUACCUGUCUGUUAACAUGGGUUUGUGAUGGGAAUGGGUGUAGCCUUGCACGUUGUUCUCUGUCUGAGCAUCAGCGGGUUAACUCGUACACAAAGUUCACUUUACUUGCAUGUAAGUUGCUAUAUUUAAAACAUGGUUUAUCUACAGGUGAUCUGAUUGAGCCGUCAUGUGGGCGUGGGCAUUGCUACCCGUCACCCUGGCAGUGUUUGGAACUGUUGGCCUUUGGGUUGUAUAUGGCAUAGCUGUGCACAAUAAUACAGUUAAUAUAACUGUAGAAUUCCCUUAUAUCAGCGUAUGUGGUUCAUACAACCCCCAAAGCUGCCUGUUUGCUCAAAUCUGCAACAUAUGCUGUGUGUUAGCUAUGUGGAUCGUCUCGAUCAGGUUUCAGCAGAUACAGGAUUACGGUUGUGCAUCUCGUACAAACACAGCCGGUCUGGUGCUUGGAUUCAUCUCUAGCAUUGGGAUUUCUAUUCUUGGAAACUUCCAGCAAUCGGUACAAUUGGAAGUUCAUCUGCUUGGGGCAUUCUUGGCCUUCUUCCUGGGUUUGGUUUACUUCUGGAUCCAGACGUGGCUUACCUACAGCGCCCAGCCAUCACAUGACCGGCGGUGGGUGGGGCCAGUGCGCAUCAUCCUCUGUGGCAUGUGUACAUGUUUGGUCAUCAGCAUGGUUGUUCUGCACAAUGUAAAGUAUCGCUCUGAGGCCGCUAUAUGUGAGUGGUUCCUGGUCAUGUGCUUCUUUGCACUGUUUGGGGUUUUUGCGGCGGAAUUCAGACACAUUGACUUCCAUAAGUUCACCGUACAGAAGGAGGGCAUGAAAACAGCCAAUGAUGCCAAUGGAGUAUGGACAUUGCAGGAAAUUCAUUAAAAAGCAGAUGAUUUUUCAGAUGUGUACAAUAGUGACUGUGGUAACGAGACGCACGCACACACACACGCGCACACACGCACACACACGCACGCACGCACACACACGCACGCACGCACACAUGCACGCACACACACACACACACACGCACACACACACAAGGUGGAGGAAAGUGAUAUGGUUGAGGACCACAAAAGACAAACAUAACACUCCUAUUUCAAAUAGACUUGCCUUCAUCUGGUGUUCCUACUAUCAGUUUUACUGUGUAUGUUAUCUGUUCAGUACUUGAAUUCCUUGGAAAUAUAGCAGUGUCUCAGAAUGCCCACCAGUAAUGAUUUUUCUAAGGCAUGUUUAAAAUGUAAAUGUCCUAAUUUAACUAAAGCUUACUCCUGGCCUAAUCUGAGCCCUGUCUGGGAAACCACCCCAUAAUAUACUUGGUAAAAGAACAGUUCACCCAAAAAUGAACAUUCUGUCUUCAUUUACUCAAGUUGUUCCAAAUCUGACCUGUAUACAUUUCGUUGUUCUGAUGAACACAGAAAGAUAUUUGGAAGAAUGCUUGUAACCAAAAAGUUCCUGGCCACCAUUGACUACCAUAGGGAAAAUUGCUUUAUACAUUUCUUUGUUCUGUUGAACACAAAGGAAGAUAUUUUGAAGAAUGUAGGGAAACAAACAGUUCCGGGGCACUUUUGACUACCAUUGUCAUUUUUCCUGCUAUGAUAUUCAAUGGUGGCCAAGAACUGUUUGGUUACAAGCAUUAUUCCAAAUAUCUUUGUGUUCAUCGCAACAAAUAUUUAGAUCAACUCGAGUGUGUGUACAUGAUGACAGAAUUUCAGUUUUGGGUGAACAGUCCCUUUAACGUGUGUACAGUACCAUAUCAGUCUAACAAUACCUCAAACCUGCUGUCUUUGUUUUUUGUAACUAUACUCAAUUUCUUUUUUUUAAUUAUUUUUUAAUUUGCUCUAAAUAUAUGUUUGGUCUAAAUAUAAAACUGGCAAAGAAAAAUAAAUCCCCGGGCGGUGCAGUGAUAGCUGCCCACUGCUCCGGGGGUACGUGUGUUCACUACUCUCUGGAUGGGUUAAAUGCAGAGGUCACAUUUCGUUGCCUUGUACCUUCGUACAUGUGCAAUGACAAUAAAUUGAAUCUAAAUCUAAAAAAAUCUAAAAAUCUAAAUGUGCAUAAACCUUAAUGUAAAACAGUCUACUAAGUGAACUUUAUAGCAAAGCAAAGAAAAAAGACUUCCCAUUAGAAUAAUCACCAUCAUUCAACUGUAUAUGGCUCGUUCUUCUGUGGGAGACAAAAGAACAUACUUUGACAAAUGCUUCAGUGUCCAUAAAAUGGAAAUCAAUGGGGUCCAAUGUUGUUUGGUUGCUAACGUUCUUUAAAAUAUCUUCUUUUGUGUUCUUCAGAAGAAAGUCAUACAGGUUUAGAAUGAUGUGAGGGUGAGUAAAUGAUGAAACGACUCCAAAGUUUUCAUCCUCAUAGACAGGGGAUAUUAAAACUGUCAAUAAUAUUAAAUUGUGGUGAAAGUGUAUUUACAUGCAGCAAUCACCAGAUGGAGCUCUGGGCACAAGGUUUUUGCUCAUGUUUGCACGUAUUCGGGUCCUAACCAAGACAGGUGUAUCUGGUUGAUAAAAAUGAUUGAAAGUCUUACUAAAAUAAUUUUAGAGACUCAUCAAUAAUUCUGGUGUGGAUCAGAACUGUAAGAUAGAACAAAUCGAAUAACACGAGCUGGCCAUCAAAUAAGCCAUUUAUAAUGUGGAUUUGGACAUUUUUCUGAUGGGAAACAGCAGCAGAGAGCUCUCUGUGAUCCUCAAGACCACAUUCUUUCACAUACACA